GUUCCCUCUCAGUCCUCUGCGGCCUAAAGUUAAAAGAGCACGAAAACAGAACAAUGAUGUGAACUAGCAAGAGCCCUCCUUCUACGAAAACCCCAUGUAGGUCACUUUUCUCCUCACUGGACAAAUUCAUCCAUCUGUGUUUUAGGAGGGUUCAGGCCAUCUGACCCAUCGCAGAGCUCACAUGCGGGCAGCUCUAAACCAUGGGAUGUUCCCAGUGACCAGCCAGAGACCUCCAGAGUGAGGACAGGAGUCCCUGCGAGGACGCACAGCCUAUAGCAGCCAUGGAUUCAAACAAACAAGAAGGAGAGACUGAAAGUGUGCCUGUGAGUAACCCUGCAACACAGAUUUCCCAGUUGCAGGCAUUAGCCUCUGAGUUGAAGGCGGGUUUCACAGAAGCGAUGCAGGAGCUGUCACGAAUCCAGCAUGGCGAGUAUGCCCUGGAGGAGAAGGUCAAGAGCUGCCGCUGUGCCAUGGAGGAGAAAGUGGCUGAGAUGAAAAACUCCCUCAACACGUUCAAGGAGGAGCUCAGCGAUGCAAAGUCAAUGAUUGAAGAAAUCAGCGCCAAGCAGGAGGAAAUGCAACAGAAAAUCGAGCAACUGCAGCAAGAGAAGCGGCGGGAAUCCCGGAAAGUGAAAGCGAAAAGAGCGCAAAAGGAUGACCACGGGUCACAGACAGUACCUACGCCUCUCCAAGGCAGCCCAUUUCGAUCCAUUAACCUCCCAGAUCCUGUGCUGAUCAAUGAAGAUUUUACUAGUCUUUUGCACAACGUGACCUACGAAAAAGUGUCUGACACCCGGAUCAUGCCAAUGGGAGAAGGGAGCGUGAAAGUCAUAGCAGGAGCAGCCAUAGAGACGGAUGAUGGCCUCAAGCCUUCCUUGACAACGGAGGGUCAGUCAAAGGUGCAUCUGCCAUCGACAGUGUGGAAGCAGCCUAAGGACACCAAGGAGUGGGGAGAUGAAUAUAUAUCCAAAGAGCAACCAGAGAGAGGGAAAGAUAUGGGCCCAAGCAGAUACAGCUCAGCAGACAACAUUAUAUGUGAACCCUCUUUGGCGGCUAAAAGGCAGAACAUCGCUUUGGAGCUGCUGGAGUCAGAAAGGAAAUAUGUAAUCAACCUUUCCCUAAUUCUGAAGAUCAAGGCCACAUUGCAAGGGCCAGAUGUGAAAAGGAGCACCAAAGAGAGAAGUUUCUUCCCCAACUCUUUGCGGUACCUGGUCCAGCAGCAUGUCGAUUUACUUCACGCUCUACAGGAGAGAGUCUUGAGCUGGCCACGCCAAGGGAUCCUAGGAGACAUCUUCCUGAAGUUAACAAACGAUGAGAACAAUUUUCUGGACUACUAUGUUGCUUACCUGAGGGACUUGCCAGAAUGUAUCUCUCUGAUCCACGUGGUGAUCCUGAAGGAGGUGGAAGAAGAAAUCAAAUCUGAUCUCUACAUUCUGUUCUUCCAUAUAGUCCAGCGAAUUCCUGAAUACCUUAUUCAUCUACAGAAUGUCCUGAAGUUCACGGAGCAAGAGCAUCCUGAUUAUUACCUGCUGCUGGUGUGUGUGCAGCGCCUCCGGGUUUUCAUCUCACACUACAGCCUCCUCUUCCAAUGCAACGAGGACCUGCUCAUACAGAAGCGCAAAAAGCUAAAGAACACGACGAUGGAUUUCUCCUCCCUCAGGUCGUCCCUGGUGAAGCUGUACAAAGGUCUCACCUCCCAGUGUACGAGCCAAGAGGUUUCUCCAACACCAAGCGCGACCUCUAUCCGGGACAGCGGGAUCCACUCUGAAGAAACCAUACAGUCGUUCCCACCGGCACCUUCCUCUGGCACGACAACCCCGCAUUUGAUGCCCCAGAUGAAGAAAUCCCAGCCAUCUGUGAUGGAGAACAUCCAAGCUGUAAAGCCCCCCGACUGGGAAAUGGAAAGUAGAAAACAUGAGAGGCCAGAGAACAUCCUUGCAUCCUCUCAGCUCACGGAGCAGGAACUCAAGGCCCUGACAGCCCCCUUACAAUCUAUCCCCGAAAUGGAGUAUGAAGCACCGCCAGCUGACGCGGUGGGAAACCCCGAGAGAGCCAUCAGGACCUCUGUGGAGCUGCUGCAGGAUGCGAGGAACUUUGCGCCAAGCUAUGAAGAGUUUGACUACCCUGGGGAAGUUUUCACUCUGCCAGGCCCCUAUGAAGAUGACACCUUCCAAAACCUUGCUCUCUUUGAGAAUUGCUCCCCAGCCUCUUCCGAAUCCAGCUUAGACAUUUGCUUCCUUAGGCCUGUAAACUUCACAUCAGAACCAGAGAGGACAGAUCAUGCCUUACAGCCACUGCCUAAGAGCUGUACUCCUGUAAGCAGCAGUACUUACAAGCGUGAGAUGUUCCACAGCAAAGGCAAGCAGCUGAGCAGGUCCCUGAAGGAGCUGCCGAGAAGCGCGGAGGGUGUGAGCGCCAGACUCUACAGCACGAGGAGCAGCAGUGGGAGCCGGCUGCAGCAGAAGCAGGAGAGAAAUGUCCAGCCUCACAUGAUCUCAGCUUCAUCCCGAAGCUCCCAAAGGAGCUACUUCCCCCCACAGAGAGGAGCGGGUGAAAAACAGAGCUUUUUGGAAAUAUACAACCAGGGUGCAGCAGAGUCAACAGAAGAGUCUCUAUCAUCCCAUCAGCUAGGGAAGCCUCCCUCUUCUAAGGAGCUCCAUGCAGAAGACAACACCAGGUUCUGCCAGAAGGAUGACAAUGAGCAAACAUCCUUCAGCGACCACAACCCACGGCACGAGCCCAAGGGGGGUUUCCGGAGCUCCUUCCGCAAGCUCUUCAAAAAGAAAUAAGCAGCCCCAAGAGAGGCAGGCUGCAGCCUAAGUGCGACAGUGCUUCCCCAGGUCCCUGAGGGUGGAGACAGACAGCGAGGCCCUGAGAUCCCCCCUUGACUAACACAGUAGGUGGAGGGGUGGGAGAGAGGAGACGGUCACAGCUGCCUCACAAAUGCAGCCUGCUCUUCCUAGCACAGGGGAGGGCCAGGCUAUGGGUUGAAGCAGAGCUCAGCCAGCAGGUCCAGUAAGCACAGGAACUUGCUAGCUUUCACCCCCGCCUGACUGGAACCCAACUUUCCUUGGAGUUUUGGAAAGCUUUGGCCAAACCCCAAUCUCUUCUCCUCCCCCUCAUCCCCCAGUGUUGCUUGAUUUCACAUACAUCUCUGCUCUUCCAAAUUCAAAACAAGUCUAAUCUGGGCUCACCUGCAACAGAAAGAUUUUGCCUUUGCAGCAUUUGCAUCCUGGCCAGGAGUCUGAAGCUCUCCUCUUUCCUGCACUUUCCAAAGAAAACCCGGCAUCAAAGAUAUUUUCCAGGAGGGCAGCUCAUAUUACCCAGCUGGGUCGAGAAGGUCUAAUAAGUAUCAGCUGAAGCACCCGGGCUUCGUACUGCUUAGCCAGCAGCAUCCUUUCUUUUGGACUUCCAUCACUCCCUGAAAUCCUGCUCUACCUUUUAUUUGACGAGUUGCUCCGUGAAUUGCCUCCUGCCGUAUGAACCUCUGCUCUUGCUGUCAGGAUCACCUGUGUCUCCAGGCAGGUGGCAUUGGUUGAGUCCAGGGCCCGCCACAGGAGACAAAGACUCUUCUCCACUCUCCCCCCACCACGGACCAAUGCAGACAUUGACACAGUCAACCAGCGUCCAGGCUCCUGGUCUGGACAUACAAUAUGGUCUGGUCGAAUGCAAUACAUUUCGAAUACUCUUUGCUAACUCUCUCUGGCCCGACACCUCCUCGCAAGCCCCAGCACGUGCAGCAUCCUGCUUUGGAGCAGCUAUUCCAGCUAACAUUGAGGCAUUAGGGCAGGAAAGCUGCUGGUGCCCCACGUUCCAUGCCGGAAGCGCUCCUUGCGCAAGGACGCUCCUCCUCCCCCAACAAAGCCACGAGUACGCCCUCCCCACGUCUCAAUGUGACAAACCCUUAGCAAUGCUGUUUUCUAUAGAAGACUAGAUUAUAGCUUUUGUUAAAACAAGAAUAUGGAGGGAAACCCAGCCCUCCUAGAGCAUUAUCCACGCCACACCUCAGCAGCAAGAGCAACUGAUCGCACAGGGCUGUGACACUAGCUGAAGCUGGGGCAUGCUGACGACAGGUUCAAGAGGAAAGGUGGUUUUAUCACCCUCUUUUGGCAGGCUUGGGACACCUGUCUGUCAUCUCACCUGAAAAGGUUGUGAACUGUCUCAGCGGGGCCAACCGCAACCUCCUGGGGGGCAAGACUGUGAGCUGAGGGGCUUGGCACUCCAGUACCAGCGCAGGGUGACUGUAUCUGCUGCCCGAUGGCUCCCCAUCUAGUGGGGCAGAGAGGAAAAGCACCCAACAUGCUGUACGGCUCUCCAGGAAGCAGCAAUGCUACAGGGAGGGCAGGAAGCCAGUGGCCUAGGCUGCAAUGGCUAACCACCAGCAGCAGACCCAGGGCCUACAGCUCUUCAACAGCGCCGGCUGACCUACUGUUAUUAAACCUGCUUUCCUCCUCCCGGGGAGGGGAAGAGGUGUGUGUGAAGAGAGGUUUUAACUCAACCCAAACAAGAUCUGUCUUUUAUCUCAAAGUUUUUCCAACAUUUCAAGAAAGCGACCAAGCAAAACCCUAGAGAUUCAAAUGUUUCGGCCAAGCAAAACCCCAGAGGCUAGACUGUUUUUGCCAAUGCCUGCCUCAUAUAUUUUACUGGACCCAAAAUACUUCCCAAAACCCAUCUCUCCUCCUCCCAAAGGGAAAAAAAAAUGUAUGCUAGUCUUUGCAUGUGUAUCUUUUGGAAACUAUUCUGGGAAGAGUUUUUUUUUUUUAUUUAUUUAAGGUUUUCAAUGACCAAAAAAAAUUCCAAUC